UGUGGAUAUGGCUGGGGCGAGCGACAAGGCGAUGCAGAUGCAAACUGCCGGUCCGCCCGAGCUUCAGUAACCUUCCCGACGAGCCCGGACAGAGGCUGUGGAAAGCCGUCGCCGAUCUGCGCCCAGACCCAUCCCAUCUGUCGUCCGCCGCCGCCGCCGACGCCGCAGACCGACCCGUCCAACAAAGGCCAAAGUCAAAAGAUCUGGUGCAUCACCAGCCGACUGGCAGGUUGGUGCAUGCAUGGCGUGAAGCGCGUGGGAAAGGAAAGAAAAAAAAAAGAGCGUUGCUCCAUUCGGUCUGGCCUGGCUCAUGAGGCAGCAUCUGCAUCGCAUUGGGAACAUGACCCACGUUCGUCAGUCUCAGACGGGGUCACAACCGGCCGAGGGGGGGCCAUGACUUCAUGCAUUCCGGCCCACCAGCAAGGGAAACACGGUGGUGGCCGCUGUGCUGGCCGGCGCCUGUCUCGCGGGCCUGCCGCAUCUGGGGGACAAUCACAGUGAGUGCCUAGCUCUGCCUGCUGCAUCCGAAUUCCAGCGAUGCGCUCUGUGAGGUCUGGCGCCCGUUGCGUGCCAUGCCCCAACGCCCGCCUUCCUGUCUGCCCGGCCGGCUGGUGCAGGGCCGCCACGCGGGACGGGAUCGAAGCAAGCCCCAGCGAGGCGUGUUCUGUUCGGGGUCCUGCGACGCCCCGUCGGUGCUCGCGGGCACAAGGAGAGAGCAACGCAACGUCAGAUGGCGGACACGGCAACGACGACGAGAAGGAGUCCCAUGCCGGUCAUGAGUGUCGUACGCCACGGUCCAGACUGGGAACACCCGACAGGCGAAGAGAAGAGCGUCCCAGUUCGCCGCCGCCGGGACGGAGAGUGAAUCAGUCUGUGACGAUGGACUGCCUGACUGACUGACUGGCUGGCUGGCUGGCGGCCGGGCGGCAUGUUGGCCUCGCCCUCGUCUCCUUGGGGUGGCGUGGGUCUGGCGUUCGCCCAGAAGGCAAUGGCAAAAAUUGGCUGCGGCCCAUGACACACUGAAGAGGGUGGACCACUCGGCUCAGUGAGGUCGACCCAUCCGUCGACCCAUCCCUGGCCGCCGCCCCCCUCCACGGACCAUCCACCAGCAUGCUUUCGAGGCGGGCGGGCGAACCUUGCGGCGCAGUGUUAAGAAUAGCUGCUGCAUUAGCCUGGCCUGGCAUACCCACACUUCCGCCCACCCACCCCUGCCGGCCAAGACAGGCUGCUAGCGCUUCCAUGUCAUCAGUCUUUGCGUCCAUUCUGAUGAGGCCUGUGGAUCCCGUCUCCUGCGGUGCGUGUACCACGCAAUCGGCUGGUCGUCCGUACCUGCUAUCGACCUCUUCACGACGUUCCUUCAACCUCCCUCGGCCAGCCCUCUCGCCAAAGAGUCGCCCUUGCGCUCUCCCCGCAAGAAGCCUCCAACCUCUUUGCACCCUACCGAGCAGAGACGCCCUUUGCCUCCUGCUCCUCCCUUCCAUGCCCUUGACCCGUUGAUUCGGCCCUCAAGGAUAUCCGUCGCGACGUUUGGCCGUUCCCCAUAUACAGGAGUAUCCAGCCGCCCAUUUUCUAAUAUCUCGGAACCGGAUUCCUUCUGCUCUCCUCUACCUUGGACAUACCUUCGACUCGUUGCUGGCGGCUUUUCUCUUUCUCACUUGUUGUCUUCUUAAAAUUUUCUUUUGGUGUAUUCCCCAAAAGUUCCCUUUCCCCGGCGGCCCAGAGGACCGUUGAAGAAGCCACUUGGAAAGCAUAUCAGCGCAGCCGCAUAACAUGCAGCACCAUGUCCCCUUCGGAUAUCCCACGCCUCCUGCCUCCCCCGCCUACGACAACCUGAAAUGCAGCAUCCCGCCUGCAUUUGCGACAAGGCCCUACCAGACGCGAUGCGUCCCUUUGGCUCCUGAAGACAGACUGGGCAGCCUGCUCGAAGGCAAGUUGCAGUUGACCAACAUCCUGGGGACUGGCGCCUACGGUGUUGUCUACUCUGCUGUCGACAUCAAGACGGGCGUCCGUUACGCCGUCAAGUGUCUGAGCAAGUUCAAUGCCGAUGGGACUCCCCUGGAACGCCGCCAGGUUGAAUACCAGCAGCGGGAGAUACGGCUCCACUAUCUUGCGUCUGCCCAUCCUAACGUGGUGUCGAUGCUCAAGAUUGUGGACAACCCGGACUGCAUCUAUGUCAUCCUGGAGUACUGCCCCGAGGGCGACCUUUUCCUCAACAUCACCGAGCUGGGUCAGUACGUUGGAAAGGACGCCUUGUCCAAGAAGGUCUUUCUUCAGAUCCUGGACGCCGUGGAGCACUGCCACAAGCUCGGAAUCUUCCACCGUGACCUGAAGCCGGAGAACAUUCUCGUCACAGACAAUGGAGAGACGGUGAAGCUGGCUGACUUUGGCCUGGCCACUGCCAACGACCGAUCCGAGGACUACGGAUGCGGCUCUACCUUCUACAUGAGUCCAGAGUGCCUGGAUCCCUCAACAGCAAAGCCUUACUACAUGUGUGCUCCCAACGAUGUCUGGUCUCUAGGAGUUAUCCUGGUAAACCUGACGUGUGGCCGCAACCCAUGGAAGCAGGCCUCUUUCCAAGAUUCCACCUACCGGGCCUAUGCUCGCUCCCGGGACUUCUUGAAGACGAUCCUUCCGUUGACGGAUGAACUCAACGACAUCUUGGCCCGCAUCUUCAACCCCAUGCCCGAGUUUCGGAUCACGUUGUCGGAACUGCGAUCCAGGAUUAUGGCCUGCCACCACUUCACCAUUCCCCCCAUGGGAGCUAUGCCAUUGCCGACACCACCCUCCACUCCACCGCACAUCACCGAAUACGUUUCGAAUGAGGACGCGAUUGUUGACGACUACGACUACGACGCGCCCCUCUCACCCGCCUCAACAACAUCAGACGAAGGCUCGCUUGCCUCGAGCGUGUCUACGAUUGAUGAUUUGGACGAAGACUUCAUCCAGGAGCAGCAGGACAUUGCCCAGGACUAUGUGCCACAGACAUACGAACCUGAGGAACCCGUGGACCUCCCCAUGUAUCAUGGCCAGGAGUUUGUGCCGCAGCAUUAUAUGGGCCCGGUUUCCAAUCCGCUUCAGGUACACGUCCCACACCAGCCCAUGCCCUGCCAACAGGUGCCGGUGCCUAUACAAGCACCAGUCCCGGUGCAGCCCUGUCAGCCACGAUCAUUUUUCCCUCUGUGGGAAGUUGUCAAAUACGUUCAACAGGUCCCCAUUAUGCAGCACUCUGUUGCACUCCAUCAGGUUCCCUUCCUGCCGUCGUUUCAAGGUUGCUAUUGAGUUGUCGACUCCAGCUGUCGAUGACUUGGCUUCCGCAUUGAGUCGGUAGUGUCCUGGACCUUCGGAUGGAAUGGGGUCGACCCCGAGGCUUCUCGUCCCCCAAGGCCCCUUGAGGGUUCCUCAUGGAUCAUUUAUAAUGCCACGUUUGCCACCAACCAUCGAAUCGGGCGUGUUUGUCCCCGGUUCGGAGGUGUCACAUCCACUUCACGUGAAAAAGCGCUCCAAAACUGGCUGGAUUGCCAAUAGAGCGGGAAAAGCGCCAAAAUACUUCGAUUCAACGCACUUGUACCUAUUGGCCACACUAUUCUCCGCUUCGCUGUCACUUUUUAUGUUUCACUCAACUUCACACGCAAAUUCUUUUGGGUCGUUAUAGCGAGGAGUUCUGCUACCGUCGAAGGGG